UCACGCGGAGCUGAAGCGGGGAACAUGGCAGACGAGGAGGACUCGGCGCCGGAGCCCGCCGUCGUCUCUCCCCCGGGGAGCCCUCAGGUGGGGCGGCCUCACUCAGUUUCCUUCUCGGAGAGCUUCCAGCCGGCCGUCGGGAUGAUGAGCCAGCUGCUCAGCCAGCCGUCGUCCCUGAAGUUCGACAAAAACAUCAAGCAGGCCUUCUACAACACCGGGGCGAUGAUCUUCGUGGCGAUCUGCUGCGGGGCGGCCGUGCUGGUCUACUUCAUCCUGGAGGCCUUCCUCCGGCCGCUGCUCUGGGCGGUGCUCUGCGGUACCUUCCUCCACCCCUUCAAGUACUCCCUGGCCCGGCUCGGCCGCUCGUGGCUCAGCGGUCUGCAAGAUACCGGCACCCCCAUCGUGGUGGGGACCCUGCUGGUCCCGGUGUGGUGCGUCAACUACGGGGUGGAGACGAUGGGCCGGCUGGUGCUGGAGAGGCUCACGGUGCUGCUGGUGAUCGGGGCCGGGGCGCCGCUGGUCUACUUCCUCUACGUGUUCUGGAGGGUCAUCGGAAUGCAGGUGAUCCUCGGACACGUCUGUGGGGUCAUCGGGGCCGCGCUGGACUGUUUCCACGCUGUGUGGGUUUGCACUGUCGUAGUUGGCUAUUUGCUGGCGGUUUGCUUUAAGUGGAGCCCCCAGACCGAGCGCUACCUGAGGGCCGUGGCUCUGCCGGUCUGGGCCGUCCUGCUCUUCUUCAUCGUGUCUCUGACUGGCUCAUGGAGAGUUCCCAUAUUUGUGGUUGUGGUUGUUCUCCUCAUCGUGGGCUCCCAAGAGAAACCACCUGUUCCUAACCGAGGAGAGCUGUCGGGGCAGAUGCUGUCAUUUGCUGCUAACACUAUUUACAUGGCAAUAUCCUGUAGCAACCUUCAGCCCAAAACUCGGCCCAGAGAAAACUCCAGCACAGACGGCGUCCAGACUUUGGGUCCCGUCACUGCCACCCCUGGGUUCCCUCAAGGUUCUCGUUCGUUACCGGCCGGCCUCUUCCAGAGAGAGCAGAGCUCCCAGAGGGCCAGCGAUAUCUACUUCAUCCUGCUGGUCUGGGCCAUCGUUCUGGUUCAGGUGUGGCUCAACCUCUGGAUCCUGCAGCUGCUGCCGAUCCCCGUGGCCGUUUGGGUGCUGAAGAAGCUGGUGGUCCACUUUGGUCUGAAGAGCUUUGCAGAGCGAACUCUCUCCUCGUGGUGGACGGUGUUGGAGAAGUUCGGACGUGAGCGCGAGGAGGCCUUGCUGCCUGGACCGAUCAAAGGACUAGCUCAGUUCCUGCUGCGUAUCGACACGAAGCUCUGGCAUUGGCUUAACAAGCAGAUGAUUGUGUGGUUGGAGCGAUCGCUGGAUAAAAUCAUUAGUAUCUUCAUCAUCUUCCUCCUGGUCACAGGGACGCUGCUCAUGGCGCUGCUGCUGACCGCAAUGGUUCACCAUGAAAGUGCUCACAUCAUCGACGUAACCAGUAACCUCAUCAACGAGACUGUUUCUAACCAUCCAGAAUGGGCCAAUUGGCUUCCAGAGGCUCGUGUGGUGCAGAGAGCUCUGAAUUCAGCUGCUACUAAUGUUUAUCAGCACGGGAGAGAAUGGAUAACGCAAAAGCUUCAUAAGAUGUUAGGAGACAAAGUGAACCACACUGCCGUCAUCGAGAAACAGGUUUUGGAGCUUUGGGACCGACUGUACCACUCAUGGUUUGUGAAGAAUGUGACCCACUCUGGACGUCACCGUGGGCAGAAGAUGAUGGUUCAGAGGCACAACAGCUGGUUAGGGGACAUCCUGGACUGGAAGGACAUCGCUUCUUUUCUGCAGGAAAAUAUCGAGACUCUGCUAUCUAUCCUGGAGUCUCUGUGGGUGGUAAUGAGCAGAAACGUCGGCCUCCUGAUCUCCACCACCACUACUCUGUUCACUGUCUUGUUCCACAGUGGCACGGCGCUGCUCAACUUCGCACUGAGUCUGGUGAUCUUCCUCACCACUCUCUUCUACCUGCUCAGCUCCAGCGGUGAAUACUACAAACCGGUUAAAUGGGUCAUCAGCCUGACGCCUCUCUCCCAGCCCGGACCCUCCUCCAACAUCAUCGGCCAGUCUGUGGAAGAAGCCAUCAGAGGAGUGUUCGACGCCUCUCUGAAAAUGGCCGGUUUCUACGGCCUCUACACUUGGCUCACUCACACCGUAUUUGGCAUCAACGUCGUCUUCAUUCCUUCUGCUCUGGCCGCCAUCCUGGGAGCGGUGCCGUUCCUGGGGACGUACUGGGCCGCCGUGCCGGCCGUGUGCGACCUGUGGUUGGCUCAGGGCGAAGGCGUGAAAGCCCUGCUGCUGCUCAUCUGCCACCUGCUGCCCACGUAUUUUGUAGAUACGGCCAUCUACUCUGACAUAUCAGGCGGUGGACACCCGUACCUGACCGGCCUGGCGGUGGCGGGCGGAGCUUAUUAUUUGGGUCUGGAGGGGGCGAUCAUCGGUCCCAUCCUGCUCUGCAUCCUGGUGGUGGCGGCCAACAUCUACAGCGCCAUGCUGAUGAGUCCCAGCUCUGCUUUGCCGACGCCGGUCCAGCCCACCUGGCCUCUUCACCCCAUGAGGACCUUCGCGGAGUCGACACCGUCCGUCACGAAGAAGCCGACUGAGUGACAGCGAGUGGGACGUCAUCUGGGUUCCCAUUGGCUGAUUCCUCAGGAGAAGCACUCCCCUCCCGGCUCCGUCGCCUCGCCAAGAAGAGAUGGUGGUGUAGCGGCUGCUCACUCGUGAUGCUGAGCAACACGGCAGCAGCUCCUUUAAUCCAGCGCUCUAAAAGAAAAAUAAGCAAAGUAACCUCAACGACAUCGGAUUGGGUUUAUGAUCGUGUUCGGCAAAGACGCCAAUCACGCGGUCUCUCUGAACUCGGUGCCUGAAUUAAUUUUGUACUAUUGAGAGAUGCCUAAAAUUACUGUGUGGUUUGUGGUGAAUUGUGAGAAGAUAUAUUUUAUCUACGAAGCCCCUGAUCUUUGCCCUGCGUUCCCCAGGCUACGCUGCGUGGUUGUGCAGUGUUUAAACUCCCUACCUCUCCCCUCAUGGAGGCUCCAGGAGAGUCUGCAGUGAAGGUUGGUUUGUUUCGAGAUGAACUGAACACAGAAGUCUUUGUGUCCUGCUCAAGAGAAGCAGGUUUUUUUUUUCUUCUAAGUGUAACUUAAUUUAUCGUUUGAUGUCAGCUGCGAGUUUGCAACACUAGCUUUAAUAAAGGCUCUGGAGGGCUGCGCUACGAAGCAAGAUUUGGAGUAAAUUCAUGGUUUCUGUAAGACUGAUGGAGGUUUUGACAGCAGAUAGGAGGUAGACAUAGCACAGGACUUCUGGAGAUCUGAGCGUUUCCCGCUGUGUUUGCGCCCCGUCAAUAGAAAGCCUUAAACAAAUCAUUAAAAGCUACUUUUCUGGAAUGUGCAGUACAAGCCGUUUCAAAUUUUGGCCUACUAAUUUAGAGUAGAUGACGAAAUUUAUAUGAUAAUCCUUGCGGAAAGCAUGAAUUGCCCUUUAGCUAGCUAACUUAAGGUUUAAGUCUGACUUUUUAAGGCUACGAAGCAGGUUUUCUCAAGAUAGACUUUCUGGAUGUAGACUUCAGGUAUAAGCCUGCAGUUUUCACUGUAUAUUUUACAUUUGAUUUCUGAUAACUGAUAUAAAAAUCUGAGCUGGGAGUUUUAAGAGAUUUUCAGUGGAGAGAAUGCUAGUCUUCCUUGCUUUAUUUUUAUAAAUAGUUACACAUUUUAAAGCCAUUUUAUUUUUCUAUAGGCCUCUGUAUAGUGAGAUCAUCCUAAGACAGAGACUGAAAAAAGCACUAAAGGCUUGUUGACUUUAUAAAAUUUGCAGCGAGCGUUAUUAACGGUUUAAAAUUUGUUCUUUACUUGCUCCAGAAAGUGUUUAACACCACCAAGAUAGCAGCUGAAAGAAUGAAGCAGUUUUCCUUCCUGUUGUGUUGCCCUUAGCUUGUAAUGUAGUUUUAGGAUUAAUGUUUGUUCUUGUCCAUGUUUUUGAUGUAAAUGCGCUCAUAGCUGGAUUCAUAAACACUGGUGGACUGAAUGAGUUUUUAGUUCAGCCUGACUGAUGUUUGGUUUAGUGAAACCCGAUAACAUACAGAAGUCCUGGAUUUGUUGAACUUGCUUCGUAGCACAGGCCUCUGUUUCCCUGGACCAGGUUGUUUAAUGGUUUUGAGUUUGUUUUUUCCUAAUGGACACAGGUUUAGACCGGUGACGUGUUGCAUUCAUUUGUUCUGAGCCCGACACCAUUACUGAGGAAUCUGUUGGUACUUUUAAUAAUUUAUUUGAUGCUUAAGGUUGUCUUUAUAAAAAAAAAAAACACUGCAUGAAAACAAGCUUUUUAUCCUCCUCACACUUAGCUGAUCUGCCAGUACUGAAGCACGUUUACACUCAGAGCACUGUUCCCUCUAAGGUGCGCGCAUGCGCAAUUGCGCACUGCUGACACGGUCUCCGCGCACAGAAAAUCUGCGCUGCUCACACACACAAAAAAAAAAAUCCAACCUAAAUUGUAAAUGAAAUAAACACGUAACAAUUCA